ACACACACACACACAGUUCUUUCCUAGCCAAAGCUUGUAACUACUUGGAAGUAUUUAAAGACUUCCAGAUCCUAGCUUAAGCUCUUCAAAAAGACACAGAAGACAAGGGGAUACAACUCAUCCUGGUGUCGAAAGCUUCAAGGAUGCCAAACUGGGGAGGUGGAGCCAAAUGUGGUGCGUGUGACAAGACUGUCUACCAUGCUGAAGAAAUCCAGUGUAAUGGCCGUAGUUUUCAUAAGACGUGCUUCCAUUGCAUGGCCUGCCGAAAAGCUCUGGACAGUACGACAGUAGCAGCCCACGAAUCUGAAAUCUACUGCAAAACUUGUUAUGGGAGAAAAUAUGGCCCAAAAGGGAUUGGCUUUGGACAAGGUGCAGGCUGCCUCAGCACAGACACUGGAGAGCAUCUUGGGCUGGAUCUACAGCACUCACCAAAGCCAGCUCGUCCUUCCACUCCUACCAACCCUUCAAAGUUUGCCAAAAAAUUUGGCGAUGUUGAUAAAUGCCCUCGUUGUGGGAAGUCAGUGUAUGCUGCAGAGAAGAUAAUGGGAGGAGGAAAGCCAUGGCACAAGACAUGCUUCCGAUGUGCUUUCUGUGGGAAGAGUCUAGAGUCUACAAAUGUCACAGAUAAAGAUGGAGAGAUUUACUGUAAAGUUUGCUAUGCAAAGAAUUUUGGUCCUAAAGGAAUUGGAUUUGGUGGCCUCACUCAAGUUGAACAGGCUUAGGCUUGUCCAAAUAGUAACACAUGAACAAGAAUGUAUUAAGAAUACUUUUUUCAUCUGAAGAAGUACUCUCUUUUCAUCUACAAGUUUUGUAGAAUGGUGCAAGAAAGCUUGUUGUGAGAGGUAGUGUAGGAAAACAUUUACUUUCUUAACAGCUACUGUUUAAUAUCUUAAUUUCUGGACUGUUCACAAAUAAUUUCAGAAUUGCUACCUAUUUUAAAUAACAGGAGCACAUAGGAUACCACUAUAAAGAUUACUGUUUUUACAUCAAUGUUAAAUAAACAGAACCUGAUUCUUAUUUUACAUUCUGUUGCUUGUAAGUGCCAAAAUAGCACUUUUGAAGAUAUGUUGUUGGUAUGUCACGAAAUAAAGAUACUGGACUGUAAGCAGCCACAAUAAUAAUGUUUUUAAAAAAGCACUGUUCCAGUUACUACCAAGUUCAUUUAUGAGUAUUAGCUCAUAUAUUUUUUUCCACUUUGAACCUCUCAAAACCAUGCCAUCUCUCCUUGGGAAAAACUUGGGAUGGUAUUAUCUCAUCUCCAAACAUAUAUUACAAGGACAGCACUGAAUGUAGAACCACUUGCAUAUUGGCAGCUUGAUCUGAAAUAAAAAUAUGCCUUACAAGUGCAGGUGCUGAAAAAAAAGUAUGUUAUAUUUA